UAAACUGUACAAUGGACACUAUUUUCGAUGACAACAAAACGCUCAAAGCGCGUGACGCCUCAGCCCGCUGUCGCGCCGUCAAACAGCCCGACACUCCCGACUGCGCCGGAUUAUGAAGUUGUAAAACCAUUGAAGUUACAAUGAGAGCGACGAUCACGAUCGUUUGUAGCGCGCUGCUUGUGCAUAGCGUGGCUCCAUUCGACUUACUCCACGUAAAUAAUGAAGAUGAGCGUCCUGAAGAUUCCACGAGGGGUCGCCGGGAUGUUAUCGAGGAGGAGAAGUUUUAUAACAUGAGAUCUGAUCGAAACAGCAUGAACCAAGUCCCCUGGUUACCAGGACCGGUGGAAGACGAUCCCACCACCAAGAUAUCACUCACCAAGGAACCAGACGUCGCCGAUAUGUACCAGACCACUGAGAAAGUCACCGAAAAGCCAACGGGAAGAGGGGCCAGAGCUUCCAAUGAGAAUUGGAUUAAACUGCCUUACCUCAAUCGAGACGACAAGAGAGACAUACUGACGCCUCCACAGCCAUCCGGCGACCUCAUCAACAGCAGGAUGCCGCGAGUCAACUUCGUCACUCAAAAUAAAGUACUCGAAGCUUCCGAGUCCAGAAAUGAUAAAGAAUCGCUCCAACGUCCGACAAGGACGGAUGAUUUAAGGACGGAAUUCGUAAGACCUGAGGAAGACAGGCCGCAGUACCGGCCCGUGUACCCGAGGCAGGCUGUAUAUCAUCCGGAAGACAGCAGGCCCUACUACGAUGAUCGAUAUUACGCCGCUGACGAUUUAUACAAACGUGAUCCCUACUACGAUUUAUACGAUCGGAGCCGGUACAAUCCGUAUAGCCCGCGAGUUGACAGAUAUGAUGAAGGGUACAAUAAUUAUGUUCCUCGGAAGCCGAAAAGGAUUAUUUAUUACGCGCAUCUACCCGAUGUUAUACGGACGCCGCCGAGCGUUGAUUUAAGAUAUCGCUACACCAUGGAUCCUUAUAGACGUCUCGACGAAGAUUACUACACGAGAGUUGGCAGAUACGACUACAGAUUCCGAAACAGAUAUCCUUACGCGCCGGUCCGCAAAGAUGAGAGGAGAUUCGGGUACAGAGAUCUGGUCGGAGCGAGCACAGUGGCGAAAGACAAGAAGCUCGAGGAGAAAGUGACGCCGACACCGGUACUACCUCAAAAAGACGACAAGUUCAAAACUAACGUCAACGUUAGGAAUAACAACAGGAACAAUAUAAACAGUCACCAGUACCACGACGACGGCGAGACUUACAACUCCAAGAAGAACUUCCAAGACCAGACCAGACGGCCUGAGGGCUACCUGCGCUUCGAUGAACCCCUCUUCCACACAGUCGACGAUCCGUACCAAAGAAAAUAUUAACAUUUUUAUCGAAUAUUAAAAAACAUUAUAGUAAUAGGUCAGAUCAAGCCGCGCACAGCCGUCCUUGUAAUUUGGAAAUAAAUGUAAUAACGAAA